GAGGAGGAGGAGGAGGAGAGGCGAUGGGUGGUGGGAGGCCAGGAGGAAAACAUUAGCCCUUGCCUCGUAGUUGUGAGGUUUUCUUGUUUAUUCCCAGGAUUGAAGAUAGGACGCACCGCACGAAGUCAGGACGCACGACUGGUAUGAUGGACAGAUAGCAGAAGGAGGAAGGGAAGAUGUCUUUCUUUGGCCUGGACUGUGUCAGGAAGAAAGAGAGAGAGCUGGAGAGGAAGCUCCGUGCCAAUGACAGAGAAUACAACCUGUCCUUUAAAUAUGCAACAAACGCCAUCAAGACCUCCAAGUAUAACUUCUUCACCUUCCUACCUCUCAACCUGUUCGAGCAGUUCCAGAGGAUCGCAAACGCCUACUUCCUUUUUCUACUGGUGCUCCAGGUGAUUCCUCAAAUCUCCUCUCUGUCCUGGUUCACCACUGUGGUGCCUCUGGUCCUCGUGCUGUCAGUCACUGCUGCCAAGGACGCCACAGAUGAUAUCAAUCGUCACAGGAGCGACAAUCAAGUCAACAACCGAAAAGCUCAAGUCCUUAUUGAUAGAAAACUACGGAGCGAGAAAUGGAUGGACGUCCAGGUGGGAGACAUCAUCAAGCUGGAAAACAACCAGUUUGUCACCGCUGACCUCCUGUUGCUCUCCAGCAGUGAGCCACUAAACCUGGUGUACAUCGAGACAGCAGAGCUGGAUGGAGAAACUAACCUGAAGGUGAGGCAGGCCCUGCCAGUGACGGGAGAUCUCGGAGACGAUAUCGAAAAGCUGGCAGAUUUCAACGGCGAGGUACGCUGUGAACCCCCCAACAACCGCCUCGACCGCUUCACGGGAACACUAACAUACGCCGGUCAGAAAUACCCGCUGGACAACGAGAAGAUCCUGCUGCGAGGCUGCACCCUGAGGAACACCGAGUGGUGCUUUGGCCUGGUGCUGUUCGGAGGUCCGGAGACAAAGCUAAUGCAGAACUGUGGGAAGAGCACGUUCAAGAGGACCAGUAUAGACCGUCUGAUGAAUGUCCUCGUCCUCUGUAUAUUUGGUUUCCUGGCCUUCAUGUGCAGCAUCCUGGCGAUAGGAAACUGGUUCUGGGAGGUGAACGAGGGCUCACAGUUCACGGUCUUCCUGCCGAGGCAAGAUGGUAACGAUGCUGCUUUCUCUGCCUUCCUCACGUUCUGGUCCUACGUCAUCAUCCUCAACACCGUGGUGCCCAUCUCUCUCUAUGUGAGCGUGGAGAUCAUUCGGCUGGGGAACAGCUUCUACAUCGACUGGGACAGGAAGAUGUACUACCCUCGCAGUGACACCCCCGCUGAGGCUCGCACCACCACUUUGAACGAGGAGCUGGGACAAAUCAAGUACGUCUUCAGUGACAAGACAGGGACGCUCACUCAGAAUAUCAUGACUUUCAACAAGUGCUCCAUCAACGGCAAAUCCUACGGAGAUGUGUAUGACUACUCCGGACAAAGACUAGAGAUUUCUGAGCAUACGGACACGGUGGACUUCUCCUUCAACCCCCUGGCCGACCGCCGCUUCACGUUCCACGACCACGCCCUGGUGGAGGCGGUGAAGCUGGAGAACCCAGAGGUCCACGCCUUCUUCAGACUGCUGGCCCUCUGCCACACCGUCAUGGCUGAGGAGAAGAAAGAAGGUGAACUUUUCUACCAGGCCCAGUCUCCAGAUGAGGGAGCGCUGGUAACGGCAGCCAGAAACUUUGGUUUUGUCUUCCGCUCACGUACGCCGGACAGCGUCUCCAUCGUGGAAAUGGGACAGCAGCGCAGCUAUGAACUCCUGGCCAUUCUGGAUUUCAACAACGUCCGCAAGAGGAUGUCCGUCAUAGUUCGGGGUCCAGAGGGGAAGCUCUCUCUCUACUGUAAAGGUGCAGACACGAUCAUCUACGAGAGGCUGCAUCAGUCCUGCAGCAAGCUGAUGGACGUCACUACGGAGCACCUGAAUGAGUUUGCAGGGGAGGGUCUGCGGACUCUGGCGCUGGCCUACAAGGAUCUGGAUGAGGAGUAUUUCAACCAGUGGAAACAGCGCCACCAUGAGGCCAGCACCGCGCUGGACGACCGGGAGAGCAAACUGGACGAGCUGUACGAGGAGAUAGAGAAGGAUCUGCUGCUGCUUGGAGCAACAGCCAUAGAGGACAAGUUACAAGACGGAGUGCCUCAGACCAUUGAGCAGCUGUCCAAAGCUGACGUCAAAAUCUGGGUUUUGACUGGUGACAAGCAAGAAACCGCAGAAAACAUCGGUUACUCAUGCAACUUACUGCGAGAGGAGAUGACCGAGGUCUUCAUCGUCUCAGGAAACUCACCUGAGGACGUCAGAGAAGAGCUGAGAAACGCCAGAACCUCCAUGAAACCGGACGAAGUGGAUUCAGUGUUUCUGCCGGAGAGGAGCCUGGUCAAAGGCGUGAAAGUGAUUCCAGAUGAGGUGGUAAAUGGCGAGUACGGCCUGGUCAUCAACGGCCACAGUCUGGCAUACGCCCUGGAGCGCAGCAUGGAGCUGGAGUUCCUGAGGACAGCGUGCAUGUGUAAAGCAGUGAUCUGCUGCAGGGUCACUCCUCUGCAGAAGGCUCAGGUGGUCGAGCUGGUCAAAAAGUACAAGCAGGCGGUUACACUGGCCAUAGGAGAUGGAGCCAACGAUGUCAGCAUGAUCAAAGCGGCUCAUAUAGGCGUGGGCAUCUCAGGUCAGGAGGGCAUGCAGGCUGUGCUGUCCAGCGACUACUCCUUCGCCCAGUUCCGCUUCCUGCAGCGCCUCCUGCUGGUGCACGGCCGCUGGUCCUACCUGCGCAUGUGCAAGUUCCUGCGCUACUUCUUCUACAAGAACUUCACCUUCACCUUCGUCCACUUCUGGUACGCCUUCUUCUGCGGCUUCUCAGCACAGACGGUGUAUGAUGAGUGGUUCAUAACACUUUACAAUCUGGUGUACACAGCACUACCUGUACUGGGAAUGAGUCUGUUUGAUCAGGAUGUGAACGACGCAUGGAGUUUCCAGCAUCCUCAGCUCUACGUCCCUGGUCAACUCAACCUGUACUUCAGCAAGAAGGCCUUCUUCAAGUGUGCCCUCCACAGCUGCUACAGCUCCUUGGUGCUCUUCUUCAUCCCCUACGCAGCCAUGCACGACACCGUGAGGGACGACGGCAAGGACGUCGCCGACUACCAGUCCUUCGCCCUCCUAACCCAGACGUGUCUGCUGUUUGCCGUCAGCAUCCAGUUGGGGUUGGAGAUGUCUUACUGGACGGCGGUUAACACUUUCUUCGUUCUGGGCAGCCUGGCCAUGUACUUUGCUGUCACUUUCACCAUGUACAGUAACGGCAUGUUUCUCAUGCUGCCAUCAGCCUUCCCUUUCAUAGGAACGGCCCGAAACUCUCUGAACCAGCUCAACGUUUGGCUGACAAUCCUCCUCACUUCCACCCUGUGUGUGCUUCCUGUGGUUAUCUACCGCUUCCUGUUGAUUCAGCUCUGCCCCACCAUCAAUGACAAGGUGAUGUUCAAGGUGAGACAGGCCAAAGCAACGCCUCCCCCUCCUCCUCGACGCACCCGCAUCCGCCGGACCAGCUCCCGCCGCUCAGGCUACGCCUUCUCUCACGCGCAGGGCUACGGGGACCUGGUGACAUCUGGCCGGUUCCUGCGGCGUCCUGCUGUGUCGCGAUCUUCAGGUUUUCCCCACGCGGGUCGCACCACCAUGGGCUUCAGUCCCAUGGGACGUUCGGCCGGAUACAGCCCGACGGGACGUCCCCAGAAUGCCAAGGUCCCGGAUGUGGAGGUGACAUCGCUUCAGAUGUACAGGACUAUCACAGAUCCCACCCUCUGACAGACAGCAGGUUGAUUCUAGGACGAUGUUUGGAGGAAAUUUGGAAGCAGGAAGGACAUGCUAACUGAAUGUCACUGGCUGUCAGAGGUGUUUAAAGCCCACUUUUAUACACUCGUUAGCAUGAAGAACUUUAUCGGGCUUUCGAGAGAACUUCAUGUAGAAGAUUUUUUCAAAAUCCGUCUCUCAUCUGCCCAAGACAUGGUUUGAAAAACACAUGACUUCUGCUCCAAGCAUUUCAUUUUGUAAUAGUUUAACAAAGGAAACUACAGCAAAAUGUGUAGCCACUUCUGACGGGUGUGAGGAUCACUUCCCUUUAGGUCGUGAGUGUUCAUGUAAAACAUGCCUCAUGCAGAGUCAGCGGAUUAAGGGCUGACCAAUGAAUGUUUCUGACACUAGAAACAGUAAGAGUGCGAUUCGUUUUCCAGUAGGAAACGCAACAGAAGGGAAAGGAAAUAUUUUAAGAGACAGUGUCGUCAUGUUUACAGACUACCCAGACACGUGGGAGUCCAGAUGCACAGCAGGGCUUUGCACAGGGGAAAAUAACCAGCAAAGCCAUGUUGCAUUAGAUAUUUUAAUUUUUGUACCUUAAGUGUCUUUUUAAAAGCAUUUUAUUUUCCUUUCUUGUAUAAGCAGUGUAAGGCUGAAUAAGCAGUUAGCACUUUGGCAGCGUCACAUAGCAGUGGAGAAAAUCAAAUGUGAAAGAUCAUAAACGCUCCGUGGCUCAUUGGCAGAGGAGAAAAUAAAAUUGCAGCAGGAUUCAGCAUUGAUGGACCAUCCAGUGCUGUCCAUCAGCAGUUCUGUGCUCAAAGAAUUUCAUGAAACUUAAAUAGAUUUGGGAGGACAAAAAAAAUCUAAGCUCAAAAUUAAGGGAUAUUUCAAUUAUAAUCAUUAGUGCCACUGUGCAGCAAAGUGCACGGUAACAGUUUGAUGACUGGUCAGAAAAUAAAGUAUUAUUGUUAUACAGGAAGGAAAUAAGCCAUUAUUUUUGGAUCAACAGGUUGUGAAAACUUCCUUUUGCAGUCUUUUGUCUUCUGAAAGGGGCUGGUGGAGGACCAAAAGAUAAUUUUUGCAACUGUACAUAAACAUUAAACAGCUCUUAAUAAAUAUAUUUUUGUAUGGAUGCUCUUCUCUAAACAGGCUGCCAAUCUAUCAGCCUGUUCCCAAUGAGAAGGAUUUUUCACAGCCUGACAGCCCAAAGUUUUCUCAUUCCUGUGGCUUAUUUCUGAUCUGUGGAACCACUUACAGUCAUUAGUAAAGUGCAGCAUGAAAUUUCUAAAAUGUGCCUCAGUGUUAAGGUUUAGGGUUUACAUUUUCAAUGCUUGUACCAGAAUGUGCCUCAGGUGCACCUCGAGUGUCUUCGGAUCCGAAUGAUUAUCCCGCUGAUGUUUGAUUUGCGACCGUUGGCAAACUAAAUGCACAUUUUCACCCCAUAGAACAGCAGGAGAAGUGGACCUCGCUGGCUGUGUAGGAACUAAUCUGUAGUACAGACUUCGCUGUAGGAAAAUCAACCACAUCUACCUGUGUUUGGGAGGUUUAACGUACUGUACACACACUACAGAGUGGACUGGAUGAUCCUUUAAUCCAUUUAGAGACAUAUUUGGAUCCACAUGCGUCCACAUGUCCUUGAAAAGCUCAUUGACGGUGUUCAGUGCAGCCAGAGCCGACCACUUGUGAUCAGAUCACACAGGAUGCAUUUUAGUGCCAAGUGUAAACAGGGCCUGAAAAACACUGCUUCGAUGAUUUAUACCUCAUUUUAAAUUCAGUUUAUCAGAUAUCGCAUCAUGCUUAGUAAUGGUUUGAAAAUCAUCAGUUUGCCUCACUAUGCGUUCACUAUUGUAUGUCUGACAAUCAGCUUGGUGGUUAACCUUAUUUCUAAUCAAAAAUGUAAACAUGCAGAAAGUUAUUUGACUUGUUUCCAGCUUCUUUUUCUUUGAAUGUUUUAUCAGCUUACUGAAAAAUGCAGCAUAACGUAAAAGAAAACAAAGAAACUGCCUUAAUGUCAAAAGAAAAGGAACAUUUCUACAUUAUGCAACAUGAAACAACAAUGAUAAGAAUAUGUUUUGGAAGAUAAGUAUGUUGAAAGAAUAUUUUCUAUGCAACGUAGUCAAGGACUAGCAAUACUUUUAAGUUGAGAAAGGAAACGUUAUUUUAUAGGCUUUUUAAUGAUGACUGAACUGAUUGAAUUGUAGGUCUGUGGUGUGGGUCUUUAAUUUAUUAUUUGUUGUGUGAAGGUUUAUGGAAGAGUCCAAAUGGAAUUGGUUCCAUAAUUGUGCAAAAAUAAUAUUUAAUGUUUCGUUGUAUCCCAUAUUUUUUUAUUUUCCAUGUCUCCAUGUAUAUGUAAUUACUGGUUUUAUUCAGUCAUCAGUGUUUCAUCUAUCAUUCAGAGUAAACCCUUAAGACAGCCGAUGGAUGCCUUGACGUCACAAACUUGUUGAAGUGGCUUUAGUGUUUAAAUCUGAGCUCUGUUACCACAGAGCGAUUCAGUCCGUUGUUGCCCAGAAUUUAAUGUACUAACCCUAACCCUGGCGGUAAACCAAAGAUUUUUUUUUAAAGCUUUGUGUGUGACAGUUUACCCAAAAGUGAAACUGUUUCUCAUCAAACACAAUCUGAUGCUGGAGUUUAAUGUGGUGAAGCUGGUUUACACCACGGACAGUGCAUUUUAUUAUUCACUGUAAAGUGUUCUUUAUAGAAAAAGAAAAAAGUUUAAACGGGCAUUGCAUUAAUUUAGAUUAGUAAAACAUAUCAAAAUGAUCUCAUGAAGCAGAUUUGCUGAAAUGAGGCCCCAAAUCACCUUCACUAGAGCUCUAUGUGCAGUAUUUCCAGUAUUACUGUGUUACUGUCCAAAAUAAAUUUCAGCCAUAAAGAUAACUUUCAGUUUUUACCAAUACUUUACUAUCAGUCUAUCAAUAUAUCUCUUGCCCUGAAGACUGAAACUGUAUCAUAGGGGAUUUUCGAUAACUUGACCAAAAAAAAAUCUCAUGAUUUUUGAACUGCUCUUCUUAAUAACCAUUUUGUAUAAUUUUGUACUAAAGUUUUUUUACUGAAAUAAAAAGAUCAAUGUAACA